AUGAAAUACGUUCAACUCGGCAGCAGUGGCCUCCGUGUCUCACCAAUUGCCGUAGGAUGCAUGAGCUAUGGUAAUCCUCAAGGCCGCUAUCCGUGGGCAAUUCUAGAAGAAGACGCACUGCCCAUCCUCGACCAUUGUUAUCAGUCCGGCCUAAACUUCUUUGACACGGCCAACGCGUAUUCCAAUGGCGAGUCUGAGGAAAUUCUUGGAAAAGCAAUCAAAAAGUACAAAUGGCGUCGAGAAAACAUUGUCAUUGCCACCAAGGUCUGGGCGGCUGUCGGCAGGGGACUAGAACAGCCCCUGGCAAUGAGUGACGACGAAAAGGAACAAAAUGGUUACGUAAACCAGUUCGGACUGAGUCGGAAACAUAUCUUUGAGAGCAUUGAUGCGAGUCUGGAGAGGCUUGGUCUUCCUUAUGUAGACUUGCUCCAGAUCCACCGCUUUGAUCCGAGAACACCUGUCAAGGAAACAAUGGAGGCAUUGCACGACGUUGUCAAGUCUGGCAAAGUCCGCUACAUUGGUGCCUCAUCUAUGCGGACCCAUCAGCUGCUUGAGUAUCAGUACACCGCACGAAUGAAUGGAUGGACGGAAUUCAUCUCCAUGCAAAAUCUUCACAAUGCUGUCUACCGAGAGGAAGAAAGGGAAAUGUAUCCUGCUUGUCAAAAGUUUGGCAUAGCUGGCAUUCCCUGGAGUCCUGUUUCCAUGGGCUUUUUGACUCGGCCUUGGAAAUCCUUCACAAAUACUACCCGAGGCAAUGCUCAAGGUUUAUCCUUUCAAGGACAUCCGUACACAGAGGUUGACAAAAAUAUCAAUGAAAGGAUCGAGGAGAUUGCCAAGAAGCAUGGGGUAUCAAUGGCGAUAGUUGCUAUUGCUUGGUCUCUGUCGAAGCCGUUCAUUACCGCGCCGAUUCUGGGAAUGAGUAAGAAGGAGAGAGUAGACGAAGCGAUCAAGGCGAUUGAAUUUGAACUCACGGCGGAAGAAGUGAAAAGUAUUGACGACUUGUAUGUACCGAAGCAGGUGAUUGGGCAUUUUUAG